CUGGGCGAGCAGGCCAGCUGGGCUAUGGUUUGGUGCCUCAAUCUGGCCAUCUUCAGCCUGGUCAUCAGCCAGGGGGCUGACGGUCGAGGGAAGCCUGAGGUGGUGUCAGUGGUGGGCCGGGCUGGGGAGAGCACAGAGCUGAGCUGCGACCUCCCUCCGGCCGGCCGGCCCCCACUGCAUGUCAUCGAGUGGCUGCGCUUUGGAUUCCUGCUUCCCAUCUUCAUCCAGUUCGGCCUCUACUCUCCCCGAAUCGACCCUGAUUACGUGGGGCGAGUCCGGCUGCAGAAGGGGGCAUCCCUCCUGAUCGAGGGGCUCCGGGAAGAAGACCAAGGCUGGUACGAGUGCCGCGUGCUUUUUCUGGACCAGCACCCUCCCGAGGACGACUUUGCUAACGGCUCCUGGGUGCACCUCACAGUCAAUUCGCCCCCACAAUUCCAGGAAACACCUCCUGCAGUGCUGGAAGUGCGGGAACUGGAGCCAGUGACCCUACGUUGCGUGGCCCGUGGGAGCCCCCAGCCUCAUGUGACUUGGAAGCUCGGCGGACAGGACCUUGGCCAGGGCCAGGCGCAAGUGAGUCCUGGGCUGGGCAGGGUGCAAAAUGGGACGCUGUGGAUCCAGCGGGUGGAACGGGGCAGUUCUGGGGUCUACACCUGCCAAGCCUCUAGCACCGAAGGCAGCGCCACCCACGCCACCCAGCUGCUGGUGCAAGGGCCCCCAGUCAUUGUGGUGCCCCCCAAGAACAGCACGGUCAAUGCCUCCCAGGAUGUUUCCUUGGCCUGCCAGGCUGAGGCGUACCCUGCGAACCUCACCUACAGCUGGUUCCAAGACAGCAUCAAUGUCUUCCACAUCAGCCGCCUGCAGCCCCGGGUGCGGAUCCUGGUGGAUGGGAGCCUGCGGCUGCAGACUGCCCAGCCCGAUGAUGCUGGCCGCUAUACCUGUGUGCCCAGCAAUGGCCUCCUGCGUCCACCCUCAGCCUCUGCCUACCUCACCGUGCUCUACCCAGCCCAGGUGACGACGAUGCCUCCUGAGACACCCCUGCCUAUAGGCAUGCGGGGGGUGAUCCGGUGUCCUGUUCGUGCCAACCCCCCACUGCUCUUUGUCAGCUGGACUAAGGAUGGCCAAGCCCUGCAGCUGGACAAGUUCCCCGGUUGGUCCCAGGGCACAGAAGGCUCGUUGAUCAUUGCCCUGGGAAAUGAGGAUGCCCUGGGCGAAUACUCCUGCACUCCCUACAAUAGUCUCGGUACUGCAGGGCCCUCCCCGGUGACUCGUGUGCUGCUUAAGGCUCCCCCAGCUUUUAUUGAACGUCCCAAGGAGGAGUAUUUCCAGGAAGUAGGGCGGGAGCUACUCAUCCCUUGUUCUGCCCAAGGAGACCCUCCUCCUACUGUCUCUUGGACCAAGGUGGGCCGGGGACUGCGGAACCAGGCCCAGGUGGACAGCAAUAACAGCCUGAUCCUACGGCCACUGAGCAAGGAGGCCCAUGGGCUCUGGGAGUGCAGUGCCAGCAAUGCUGUUGCCCGAGUGACCACCACCACGAAUGUCUACGUGCUGGGCACCAGCCCUCACGUUGUCACCAAUGUGUCUGUGGUGCCUUUGCCCAAGAGUGCCAAUGUCUCCUGGGAGCCUGGCUUUGAUGGUGGCUAUCGGCAGAGAUUCAGUGUCUGGUACACCCCAUUGGCCAAGCGUCCUGACCGAGCACACUAUGACUGGUUGUCCCUGGCAGUGCCAGUGGGAACUGCUUACCUCCUAGUGCCAGGGCUACAGCCUCACACCCAGUACCAGUUCAGCAUCCUAGCCCAGAACAAGCUGGGGAGUGGUCCCUUCAGCGAGAUCGUCUUGUCUGCCCCUGAAGGACUUCCUACUACACCAGCUUCCCCCAGGCUUCCCCCCACAGAGGCGCCUCCUCCCCUGUCCCCUCCCCGAGGUCUGGUGGCAGUGAGGACACCUCGGGGGGUGCUUCUGCAUUGGGAACCCCCAGAACUGGUCCCUAAGAAGCUAGAUGGCUACGUGUUGGAGGGCAGGCAAGGUGCCCAGGGCUGGGAGGUGCUGGACGGGGCCGUGAGAGGUACAGAAAUGCAGCUGCUGGUUCCUGGGCUCAUCAAGGAUGUCCUCUAUGAGUUCCGCCUUGUAGCCUUUGCCGGCAGCUAUGUCAGUGAUCCCAGUAACACGGCCAACGUCUCUACUUCAGGCCUGGAGGUCUACCCUUCGCGCACGCAGCUUCCUGGUCUCCUGCCCCAGCCGGUGCUCGCUGGAGUGGUGGGCGGUGUCUGCUUCCUGGGCGUGGCCGUCCUAGUGAGCAUUCUGGCUGCCUGCCUCAUGAACCGGCGCAGGGCUGCCCGCCGCCGCCGCAAGCGCCUGCGCCAAGACCCACCUCUUGUCUUCACGCCGCCCAGGAAGUCCACUUUGCACUCUGCUCCGGGCUCGGCCAGUCCUGACAGUGUGGCAAAGCUGAAGCUCCAAGGCUCCCCAGCACCCAGCCUGCGCCAGAGUCUGCUCUGGGGAGAGCCCACUGGACCCCUCAGCCCCCCUCCAGAUCCUCUACCUAGCCGGGGUCCCUUACCCCUGGAGCCCAUUUGCCGGGGCCCAGAUGGCCGCUUUGUGAUGGGAUCUAACCUGGGGGCUCCUCAAGAAAGGUCAGACCACCCAGAGCAGCUGGACCCUCGGACUGCAGCCCUACGUCAGGCCCCGUCAUUUGACUGCAGCAGUAGCAGCCCCAGUGGGGCCCCCCAGCCUCUCUGCAUUGCAGACAUCAGUCCUGUGAGACCCCCUCUGGCAGCCCCACCCAGCCCCCUGCCAGGUCCUGGCCCUCUGCUCCAGUACUUGAGCCUGCCUUUCUUUCGGGAGAUGAAUGUGGAUGGGGACUGGCCUCCCCUUGAGGACCCCAACCCUGUCUCACCCCCACAUUACAUGGAUACCCAUCCUUGCCCCACCUCAUCUCUCCUUCGGCCCCUGGACUCUCCCCCCGGUUCCCCCAGGACAAUGCUCCCUGGGGUUCUAGUAGGGACUGGGACCACCCCAGAACCCCCUUACACAGCAUUGACUGACUGGACCUUGAGGGAGCGGCUGCUGCCAAGCCUUCUCCCUGCUGCCCCUCGGGGAAGUCUCACCAGCCAGAGCAGUGGGAGGGGCAGUGCUUCUUUCCUUCGCCCCCCUUCCACAGCCCCCUCUGCAGGAGGUAGCUACCUCAGCCCCGCUCCAGGGGACACCAGCAGCUGGGCCAGUGGUCCUGAGAGGUGGCCCAGAAGGGAGCAUGUGUUGACAGUCAGCAAGAGGAGGAACACAUCUGUGGAUGAGAACUAUGAGUGGGACUCAGAAUUUCCUGGGGAUAUGGAACUGCUGGAGACCCUGCACCUGGGUUUAGCAGGCCCCCGAUCCCGACUUGAAGCAGAGCCAGAAUUAGGUACUAAGACCCUAGAGGAAAGCUGCCCUCUGAACGCUACUCAUGCUCCUGGCCCCGAGGCCCGCUGUGCUGCCCUUCGAGAGGAAUUCCUGGCUUUCCGCCGCCGCCGAGAUGCCACUCGAGCCCGGUUCCCAGUCUAUAGACAGCCAGUUACCCACCCUGAACAGGCUACUCUGCUGUGA